AUGAAGGUCUAUGCAGCCGUUUUCGCUCUUCUCCUCAUUGCAGCCUCUUGCUCCCAAACUUUCUCUGGCCCAGUUGGAUCCGACCUCCCAAUCUGCUGCUUCUCUUACACACACCAGAAGCUCCCGCGGAAGCUGAUCCUGCGUUAUUACAGCACCAGCACCAGUUGCACCUUGCCGGCCAUCGUGUUCAUCACAAAGAAAGGCCGUCAGGUCUGUGCCAAUCCCAGUGACACCUGGGUUCAAAGUUACCUGCAAAAUUUGAAGCAGAACUGAGCAAAGCAAGAUGGCAAGUGUAGCUGCUGUCAUGCAUGAGUCGUGUUAUCCUGAGCUCCUGCGAUGGAGCAGAACACUGGGGCAACAGGAGCUGCCCGAGCCCACGUUGUCUGCAGGCGCCUCCGAGGGACUGCUGGAAGGGCACCACGAGACACCUCGUGUUGGGGUGCUGCUACUUGCCCUCGGCUUGCAUGGACCAGUCUGCGACCUCAUCCCUCUGCCCUGACACCUCUGCCUGUGGCCUGGGAAGGCCCAUGGGACUGCACCUCUAUUGUUCUUAUUUUAAAUUAUUUAAGAAAUUAUCAUAUGGGACAGGCAGUACUUUCUUCUGUGUAUAAUAAUGCUAUUUAUGGGA